CCCACUCCCGCCGUCGCCGCCGCCGCGGGCAGUUCCUCCGCCCCCCUCCUCCCUCCAUGGGAAGCACCGGCUAGCCGCCUUCCCUUCCCCCGCCAGCUGCUCCGCCUGCGCCUGCCCCCGCUCUGCUCCGCCGCCUGCUCCUCCCUACCCCCUGACGCCGCAUUCGACCGUCCCCCACGCCCCGACGCCCCAGUCCCCUGCGCCGUCAGGUGGACGCGGUCGCCAACGCCAACUGGUUCCAGUUUUAACAUGGAUCCCAACAUGAAGCAGCUUCAAGGGACUCUGAUUGACAUAGAAACAGACGCGGAGCAACUUCUUCUGGCAAGGCAUCAGCUAGUGGAGAACGAUAGGAUGAGGAAUGCUAACAGGGAGGCCCUAACGGCCCUCCGGAAAAAAGCCAAGACAACUAAAACCAGUGUCCCAUCUCCAUUUGAGAUCGUAAUGAAAGAGAUGGAAGGAACUUCCGCCAAACAGCUAGUGAAGGAGAUAUGCUCAACUUGCGGGAAUCACGACCCCAAAGAACAUACCUGGCUAAUGUUUCCAGGCUCAGAUAUUUUGGCUCGUGUUCCAUUUCAUGUAGCGCACACUGUUCUGGAUAAGGAUCAAGAGCAUCUAGACUACGAGACCAAGAAGCUGCAAAGCUUUGUCAAGGAGAAAUCGUUUGCGAUCUCCGAGAAAGGCGCCCUCGCGGACAAGAUCAGCCUGGGCAUCGUGAGAUCCCUCAUCAGCCUUGCAGAUAAACCUAAGUAGUAGGCGCAUGGCGCAAGAGGUGAAUGAAUCAUGUCUGCCGUUCCCAGUCCUAGACAACUCGAAUGUCUCCUGAGAUGAAGCUCCCGCCGGGUUCACCAACCGUGUUUAUUAACAGUCCCAAUGCUUUUUUACCCGUGUCCCGGUUUGGUUUUGCCUUGCUGUGAGAUUUGAUUGCUGCUACGAAUGAGAGAAGUGUAGUCGAUCGGCAUUUAACCCUUGUUAUCUAUCAUCACUAGGUGUGGUGUGUUGGCAAACCUGAGUCCUGAGCCUGAACCUGUUCCUGCACCCUGUUAUCUUCAUCCAUAUGAAGUUGUAACAGUAUGUAUGCCGGGAAAGGUUUUUUUUCUCUCUCUAAAAUUGUGUACCCUUCUUAAGUGAGGACAUGCUUAUACGGU